CUCGAUUUCGAUGGAUGAGGCGGUGAGAUUGGCCGUCGACGGCGGCAAGGUGAUCGAGGACUCGCAGGAGUUCGCCGCCGCCAACGGGUUUGCCCACGCCGAGCUCGUCGGCCUGUGCAAGAGCCUCGCGACUGGCGGCUUCAUCACGACCGAGGCCACCUCGAGGCAGUCGCUGCAGCUCACCAAGGAGGGCGAGCUGGUCGUGACGAGCGGCAGCCCCGAAGCGGUCGUCUUUGGCUGUGUGCCCGCCGAGGGUGGGAUCGCGUCUGAGGAGCUGGACCAGCGGGCCGGGGCGGCCGCAAAGGUGGGCCUCUCCAAGGCCAUCCAGAACAAGUGGCUGCAGGUGGUCAAGCAGCCGCUUUCUGCCGACGAGCUCGCGGCAGCCGAGGCGGCGGCCGCCGCCGCCGGCAAGAAGAAGGCGGCGACGGACCGCAAGCUUGUGCAGCGGCUGGUCGGGUCGGUGGAGGACGCGGUGCAGGCGCAGCUGCGGGCGGCCAAGGGCGGCUCGCCGCCGCCCGACGCGGAGCUCGCCGUCCUCAAGAAGCGCGGGCUGCUGGCGGUGGCGACUGUCAAGGCGCUGCGUGUGGCGGCGGGGCCGCAGCACGGCAACUGGGGGCGGAAGCCGGCGUCGGACCUCACGCACGAGAUGGUGCUGCGCGGCACGUGGCGCGACGCCCUCUUCAAGCCCGUCAACGUGGACGCGGCGGGCGUGGCGCCCGCGGGCGGCGCGCUCCACCCGCUGCUCAAGGUGCGCUCCAUGUUCCGCGAGAUCUUCCUCGAGAUGGGCUUCGCCGAGAUGCCGACGCAGCAGUACGUCGAGUCCUCCUUUUGGAACUUUGACGCGCUCUACCAGCCGCAGCAGCACCCGGCGCGCGACGCGCACGACACCUUCUUCAUCAAGACGCCGGCCCAGACGCGCGAACUGCCCGCCGACUACAUGGAGCGCGUGCGCGCCACCCACGAGGUGGGCGGCGAGGGGCUGAGCGACGAGUUCAACUCCCGCUCGACCGGGUGGCGGUACGACUGGUCCGAGGACGAGGCGCGCAAGAACCUCCUCCGCACCCACACCACCGCCGCCUCCUCCCGCACCCUCUACCAGAUUGCGCAGCUCGCAAAGGCCAACGGCGGCGCCUUCCAGCCGCAAAAGUACUUUUCCAUCGACCGCGUCUUCCGGAACGAGGCGCUCGACGCGACGCACCUCGCCGAGUUCCACCAGGUCGAGGGCUUCGUCAUCGACCGCAACCUCUCGCUCGGCAACCUGAUGGGGACGAUCGCAGACUUUUACCGGCGGCUCGGCCCCGAGUUCAAGCACAUGAAGUUCAAGCCCACGUACAACCCGUACACCGAGCCCUCGAUGGAGUUCCACUGCUACCACGAGGGGCUCGGCAAGUGGGUCGAGGUCGGCAACUCGGGCGUCUUCCGGCCAGAGAUGCUGCGCCCGAUGGGCUUCGACGAGGACGUGCAGGUGAUCGCGUGGGGCAUGUCGCUCGAGCGGCCCACCAUGAUCAAGUACGGCUACGACAACAUCCGCGACCUCUUUGGCCACCGGAUCGACCUCGGCAUGGUGCGCAAGCACCCAAUCGUGCGCUGGACCUGAGUGGCCGCCGCGCGGCGCGCUCUCGUCCGCUCUGCGCGCGCGGCCGGCGCCGCGCGCGGCCGGCGCCGCGCGCCGUACACGGGUGUGUGCAGUGCAACAGUGGACAGCACACUGCCGCCUCCGCCUCCGGGUCCGCGGUGUGUGAUGAGAGAGCGGGGCGCUGCAGAGUGUCUGCUUUCGUUGUCAGAGUCCCCGCUGUCGACGCUUGUGUUUUUAUAAGCCGCCUGAGGUGCUGCCUCCA